AUGGGCAAAUCACAAAAGAAACGAUCUAUGCGACGGCAUAACCCAGUGAGGGUACCGGACUCUCACUUACCGAAGGGCUUGGCGGCAGCGUCCUCGUCGUCCACAAAAUCACUGGAGAUCCCUCCCAUCAUACAAAAAAUGGAAAGUCCUGACGCUUCUGAAAGAAAAUGGGCUUGCGUUGCUGUCUCUAACCUCAUCCACAACGAUCCGUCAACUCGCCGAUUGCUGCAGGGGAAGAAUGUAGUUGGUGCUUUGAUCACACGGCUCACAGACAAUGAAGACGAGGUCGUUACUGAAGCUAUGGGUACUCUUCGAAAUUUGUGCAUAGAUGGAGGUUUCGAUAUUUGCGCAGAGAUGUACAACAAAAAUAUACUGACACCUUUGAAAUCAUUUAUCCCCAAAAUUUCUUCCAUGCUGUCGCAAUUUUUGGCCACGCCGUCUACAGCACCUGAGAAUUCGCGAAAGAUGGUUUAUGAAUUCGCGGACAACGUGAUUACCACCCUCUGGUGUCUUUCAGAGACGUCAAAUAAAGCGCUCAAUGCCAUAAACCAAAUUAACUUGAUCCCGUUUCUGACGUCUUUCCUGGCAUCUCGCGAGAGUCUGCCGUUGUCACCGGUGAUUGCAGCAGCGCAAUGUUUGUACGUUCUAACCGACGGAAACCCUCCCGCCAUCAAUGAAGUCCGAGCAGAUGCCUCUUAUAUUUCCUCCUUGUUGUCGAUUGUGCAACUGAAGGAGGUUGCAUCAAAUGGCAAGCAAAGAGAGCAAGAUGACCGAAGGCUGACUCUUCGCGUUCUGGCUACUGGUGUCCUCCGAAAUGUCUCGCCUAUACCACCGCCUUCUGUUGCUUCGUCCAUGGACCUGGAUAAAGAUAUCAUCCUCCCCCUUUUACAGCACGUUAUCACCUCCGUGACCUUGGCGGAUACGUCACAGUCGGUUCUUGCUCUAGUCUCGCAGCAGGCCAACGAAUCACCGAUAAACGAACCACCGAUAAAAAAUCUCCCAAAAUCGGAUCACAAAUCAGACUCCGAACGCGAACUAGAACGUUUGGAGAAUGUGCUGCGUACUGUACAGCUUGCCCUGGAAAUCAUGACGGGGAUGUGUGCAAUGUUGCCAGAUUCUGAACCCCAUGGGGAUGAUGAAGUAGAAGGAGGCGACGAUCUUGAUGAAGAAACCGAGAAACCUAACGGUGAUGCAGAGAUGGAAGAGGUCGGUAGCACGACUAAACCGACGUUCUUGCCCACCCUCGUCCCACCGUUACUCACCUUAAUACAACCUGUCGCGCUCUCCUUCCCUCCACUCGCCUCUAUAUCUCUUCACCCACCCACCACCUCCGUCCUAAGUGCUAUCCAUAUAUGUGCUCUGGAAUGUCUCAAUAACAUUUUCCUGGCCCUGGCAACAUCAGAAAAGCCGGCGAUUGCGGAUGAUGUCGAGAGCGGUCAACGAAUAUGGCGUGAGAUUUGGAUAGCCUUGGGAUCUGUCGGUGUCGAGUUUGGCCUGGGCCAAGAACGCCGGAAGGAGAUGUGGGAGAUUGCCGUCGGUGUCAUGUGGGGUGUCUCCAACGUUUGGAAAGGACACAUUGUCCCCGAUGAAGAACAGAUACAAGUUCUAAUACAGUUUUGUGACGCCAGUACCGACCCUCAGACGAAGGUGCAAUGUAUAGGGACUCUGGAAUGCAUGGCCCAGCAUCCUCAAUCUAUAGAAGCCAACAAGAGAAUACUUCAUUAUUUACUCUCCCUCUUGCCGACAUCGGUAUCACCAUCCGCCAUUGGGACUGAACCACUUAUCCAGGUUAUUUCUUCACUGAUCGAUAUCUACUCGGAUGAGGCAAUGCCCUACGACACCAACUUCGUCCAAAACGGUGUGCUUGAGACACUAAUAGCAAGUGUUGACGGUGUCAAAAAGGUGGUCAAGGCAAUUGAUCGCAAGAAGCAAGGAGGAUACGAUCUGAAGCGGAGGGGUAUGGAGGUUAGAGAUAAUUUACUAGCGUUCAUCGAAUACCGCAGGGAGUUGGGUCGUUGA